AUGCCUGCGACUACACUCCCGGCCAUUCCCCACUUUAUACCAGCAUCUCCCACUCAGGAAUCUCUGGAAUGGGCAGAUCUCCCGAUCAUCGACCUUUAUAAAGCCGGCACUGAGGAAGGCCUCGCGGAGCUUACGUCCGUCGCGCGGGACGCAAUGCACACCCAUGGGUUCAUGUACAUCGUCAACCAUGGACUCUCUCAAGCCCAGAAUGACAGGAUCGUCGACAUAGCCGAUGUCCCAUUCUCUCAGGUUUCGGAGAACGAGAAGAAGUUGUACGCCAGCAACAUGAAGGAGACAGGGAAAUGCGGCGGAUACAAGCCGCGCGAGUACUGGCACAUCGACAAUGGCGUGAGGGACCAGAUCGACAACAUUCACAUGUAUCGAUCAGUCGACGGUCUCCAGGAGUACCCUAAGGCCCUUCAUCCUCUCCUUCCGGAGAUUCGCGCUUUCUGCGAGCACAACCACUACAAGAUCUUGCAUCCAAUCCUGCGGCUGCUCGCUCGCGGAAUGGAGCUCCCCGAAGAUACUUUCGUGAACAUGCACAACUUUGAGGCCUUAGGGGAGACAGGAGUGCGCUUCAUAAAGUACUAUCCACGAUCAGAAGAGGAUGAGGUCAAAGCCAAGAACGUUUGGCUGAAAGGUCACACCGACAUAGGCUCCAUCACGAUACUUUGGAGCCAGCCCGUCAGCGGGCUCCAAAUCCUCUCGCCCGACGGCAAGUGGCGCUGGGUGAAGCACACGGACAACGCCCUUGUCGUGAACGUUGGUGACGCACUCGAGAUGCUUUCCGGGGGCUUCUACAAGGCAACGAUCCACCGCGUCGUACAGCCGCCCGCGGACCAGCGCACCGCGCUGCGCCUCGGGACGUUUUACUUCGCGCUCACUGAUGAAGUUGUGAAACUCUCCCCGCUCAUUGAAAGCCCCGUCCUCAACCGGCCGGGGGCGGAGGUCAAACGGCGGUGCGCCGACGCAGAUGCGCCGACGAUGUCGGAAUGGCGGCAGGCGCGCGUUCUGGCGUACGGGCAAACGGUGUUGACGAAGGGCGAGGGGAACGUCGAGGAGGAGGUCUUGAACGGGCUAGUGGUGAAGCACUACAACUGA